AUGGUUCACAUUGCCAAGUGCAUCGUCGACAUUGAUGCCAACCAUAUAACGAAGCCACCCUCUCAGUCCCCAAACGACUUGAAAGCAUCCCCUCUUCCUCAGCCAGAGAAGCCAUUUACUUGGAGAAUGCAACAUCCCGACCCAUGGAGGAAGUACCAGGUCUUCCCCAUGGAGAGGAGGCUGCCGGUCCUCAACAGCAGCACUAAGGCCAUGGACGUCGAGAAGGCUGUUCCUGCAUCUUCGGUGCCAACGAGCGAUAAGACAGACAAGCAGCUAGCACCCGAUGGUCUGAAGAAGAGGCUCAAACAGCAUAGUUUGGUCCAACGACGCAAGAUCAGUGUACCAGAGAUUGGGCCCAUGACAACAGUUCAAGAACUUGCCAUGGAUUCGCCGACUAUUCCUGGACGCCCGCCCUUCCACGAGCGCUCUAUUAGUGCCCCUGGUACUUCGUUCAGAAAGCAUCAGCUUACAGACACUUUCCUUUACAUCUCCAGCGAUGAUGAAGAUCCCGAGCCUCGGUCUGCCGGCAGAGUGGCUCCUCAGGCAUUCCCUCAAGGAAUAGCCCCCAUCUCGCCGAAACAUCUUGCCCCCCUCGUCAUCCCCAAGUCCGAUGCACCAUUGCCCUUACUCCGGUGCCAGCAAUCCCUCAACUGCUUCACUACGAGGAAUGAUUUCCAGAGACAUGGUUGCUUCAAUGGAUCGGCCCGAAGCCCCACGGCCUUCACCCCCAACUCUUCUAUGCCCGAUCUCACGACACCUAAGUCAGCAUCGACCAAUGCCACGUCCUGCGGCACGCUGCCUACUCCUCUUUCAGCACCACCAAUGGAGUCUCGGACCGCGUCUCCUAAGCCAUGGGAUGGACGUUACACUCCUCCCAUCAUCACGACGGAAGAAAGCAGUGCCUUCCGAGGCCACCGAAAGGGUGGCUCAGAAUCAUCGGGGAUCAUGGGUAGAGGGCGACCGAGGAAGAGGCCUGACUUGCGCACCAACAACUGCCCAAUCAUUCAGAGGACAGAGCCGAAGAGAGGCAAGAGCUCAGAGCAAAAGGCCUUUGAACAGCUGCCUACUGGUCUGAAGCAAGCCGAUGCCUCUGAGCAACUCGAGCAGUCUGAACUUGCUUUGCUUCAAAACCAAGCGUUCGACCAGGUGGGGAGAUUCGAGAUUCUGAAGGCAGCGGAUGUCGAGGUGCUUUCUAAGGAACUCUGCCACUUGGAUGAGAGGACUGAAUACCUGCGUCGUACCUACAAUGCUCUCCGCGUAGGCCGCCGAAAUCUCCACUCACGCAUCUGCCAGUACCUGCGCUCUCCUCGUGUCGCCAAGUUCAGCCAUGAGUCGAUGAUGAAACAGGAGGAGGCACUUGUGGAGCUGGAUGCCUCCAUUGAUGACUGGGUGAACAAGCUGGAACAGGCAGAGAACCGACGGACCCGCGUCCGUCAGAAGCUUCUCGAGCAUGUUGCUGCAGCCGCGUGCCUCGCUGUUGGCGGAUUGACCACUACACUGGAGCCACCACAGCAGCCACACACCAACACUCCUGCUUCAGGCAUCGGUAACAUAUCGACCCCGCCGCGGAGCCCCCUUAAGGAAACGUUCACAUCCGCUGGUACCGCGAGCAGCUCGCCCUCGCCUCAACGCGUCGUGGCUCGGGUUCCCAGCACCGUCGUGGAGCAGCCUAUUAUCGAAGAGGCGGCAACGUGA